CAUUGGCAGCGCGCAUACGACGCCCACAGCCCAUAGGGGUCGCCGCGCGCCGUCGCAGCGCGUAGUGGACUCACUGAAAUCACUGCGCGACGCAGCGCCGCGAACUUUGGCGCCUCCUACGCAGAGAUAUAGCCCUGCGCGCGCUCGGUGCCAGGCAGCUUGAACGGCGCGUGUGGGCCGCCAGGGACGCGGGGACCGCCUGGCGUCGCGUCCACUGCCCGCGCCGUCCGCGCGCGCCGUCUCCGCGGCGCCGAUCGCGUCGCCUUGCGCCGGGUCGUGGUCCCGUCGUUCAGCGCCGCGCCGCGCAGGCUUCAGAUUAUCCUCAGCGCACGCCUUCGUCGCGAAGCACUCACACAAUGGGCGCCGCGGAGAGCCACACCGCGAAGAAGCAGGUCAACGUCGACGAGGCGAAGGAGUUCUUCUCCGCCAAGCUCGUGGUCGGCGGCGACGACAAGCCCGAGACCCUGCUCCCGAUCUCCUACUGGAAGGAGGCCUCCGAGGACGAGGAGGCCACGGCGACCUUCGCCUACUACUGCGCCGUCUGGCCCCGCGUCUUUUCCAUAUUCGCAUCGACGGCGUCGGCGAGACGCGUCCCGCACGCAGGAACCGGGCGUCAAGUUCCAGGUCAAGUGCUCCCUGUUAAGACCGCCGCCGGACGGCGUGUCCUACGGGGCUAGAGUCUACGUCGACCGCGGCGAGCCGGACACGGUCUACACGUCGGCGGCCGUCGAGGGCGAUGCGGAGGACGGGGUGGACACCUCAGUCCCGGACCACUACUUCUGGUUCGGCCCCGGCGAGACGGAGUACGUGGCGCGGCGGCCGCGUCGCAAAACCUUCGCGUCGACGGCGUCACCGAGGGCCGCCCGCGCAGGUCCGGGGCUUCUUCGCCGACACCGAGAGCUCGUGGCCCUUCCAGUUCGGGAGCGCGGCCGCCGCGCGCCGGUCGCUCGGGAGCCACAACGUCGACGAGGACGAGCCCGAGCCGAAGCGGGCCCGCUCGUCCGUGUCGAGCGCCGACGUCCGCCUUGCGAAGGAGAUCGGCUGCGUCCGCGUCCAGUUCUGCAAGGUCGUCAAGUGGAUGAAGCCCCUGCGCCACGCGGCGACGCCGCGCCGCGCGUCGCUCCCGGGCUCCGCCGCGGAACUCUGCGACCGCAAGGGCGCGCGCGUCGUCGCCAAGGCCGGCACGGCGACCGUGAAGGACCAGGAGGCGGCGACCGUCGAGAAGGAGGCCGUGCUCUCGGAGAAGAUCCUCCACGAGUGUCGCGUUUUCUUCAACGACUUCGGUGCGUGCCUGUGUGGAAUCAACCGGUGCGUCGGGUGCGUCGAACGCGCGGUAAAAUGAGUUCCACACAGGUGGGUACAGAGCCCAGGCCACCAUGGGCGCCGCCAUGCUCGAGCCGCUCACGUUCCGGGGCCUGCCCCUCUCGGCCUUGCGCCAGCCCGACGUCGUACGCGGCGUCCUCUCUUCGAUUCGGAUGCGGCGAUGUCGUGCGCUUGACGCCAUCGACGCCGGGAUACACAUCACGCUAUCGACGAUGCAUCGUACUCAACUCACGUAUCGACAAACGCAGGUGCGCCGCCGCUGCAUCGAAACUUUCCUGCGGGCCUUGCAGAGAGACGGCUCGGAGAAGGCGGCGCAGACGCGCCUGAGCGGCUGGGGCUUCGGCCUCGCGCGCGCGUCGACGCGCGGCGCCACGGAGGACACGGACAACGCCAAGGUCGCCGUCAAGCGCGUCGCCAAGUUCGCCUGCGAGAUCCUCAGCCCGGCCGCGGCGAAGAUCGUUUGUGCUGGUUCCACGGACGCCGACGAAGCUCUGUACCAGACCUUCGCGGGCCUCACGGACAAGGAGCGCUUCGCCGACCUCGAGUCGCACACGACGGCGCUGGGGGAGUACCUCGUCAACCGCCCGGACCUCUACGAGGUGACCGCCACCAAGAGCAAGGGCUGGCUGUCGAAAGGCACGGAGUACUCCGUGUCCUUCGCGGAGCUCGUCAUCGAGUAGAUGCGCCCACAUUCCCCCCAAGACCAAGCAAGUAAGAAGAUUCGCUACA